UUUUUAAAACGCUUGAAAACAUGGUGGCACGCGAGUACGUCUUCGGUUUUGCUUGUACACAAUUGAACUUGUGCCCUGUUGUGAAGUAGAUAACACAAAAUCACACGACAAUGGAUGUGCGUUGUGUAUGCCGUGUUUAUAGAGAAAAUUCGGUGGAUUGAACAUGAUACGAAUGGAAUCACCAACCUAACAAUGAUUCUCAUAUGCCUGUAUCAAAGGUGAUGGCAUCCACAAUCCAACCCUUAUCAGAUGAAGUGAGAUCUCGUUUGAGAUCGGGCAUCGCUAUCACAUCAUUGACUCAGUGCGUAGAAGAAUUAGUGUUGAACAGUAUAGAUGCAAAUGCUACCUGUAUCGCUGUCAGAGUCGACAUCCCAUGCUACAAGGUCCAUGUUAUCGACAAUGGCACUGGUAUUACAGUUGAGCAGAUGAAACUAAUCGGGCAGAGAUAUGCGACAAGCAAAUGUCACAACAUUCAAGAUUUAGAAAACUUGUCCUACUAUGGCUUUCGAGGCGAGGCUUUAGCAAGCAUAUGUGAUGUCACCGGGGUCCUGGAGAUUGUCUCAAAAGCAAAAUCGUCCAACUGCACUUACUGUAAGCUAUUUAAAAAUGGUAAACCGCUGGAAGUUUUCAAAGCAGAAAAGCCGAGGCCAAGUCAGGGUACAACUAUAACUGUACAUGAUUUCUUCUAUAACUUACCCGUGAGGAGGAAAACGAUGUCGCCAGUGUUAGAGUUUGAGAGAGUCCGUCAGUGUUUGGAAGGCAUUGCUCUCAUGAGACCAUUUGUUUCUUUGUCAUUAAGAAAUGAUUAUACUGGAGUUAAGACCUUACAAACACACAAAUCAGACUCUAUUCUUGGUACUUUUGGUCAGCUUUUCGGUGUCGGGAAGGCACGGAUCAUGAAAGAAAUGCAAUAUUCUUAUAAUGAGUUUACAAUUAUUGGUCACAUUGGUACGGAUGGUCACACAAAUAAAAACAUACAAUUUAUAUAUGUCAAUGGUCGACUACUUUUGAAAACAAAACUGCAUAAAGUGGUCAAUGUGCUGCUCUCAAAGUCUGUGAUUGUGAAAAGCAGAGCCACUCUUAACGGUACAACUUUGCAGACAAAUCAACAGAGACUGGGAUAUUUACACCCAAUGUUUGUCCUAAAUAUCCAGUGCCCAUUGUCUGAAUAUGACAUCUGCCUGGAACCCUCUAAGACAUUGGUCGAGUUUAAAGACUGGGACGGAAUAUUACUGUGUCUCGAAAAUUUUAUUCUUGAAUUCUUGAAAAGGGAGAAUUUGACCAUGAAAUUAGAAAUACCAAAUAAUCUGACGGAGCUGGAAGCAUUGCUCAAUGAUGAAGAGAACAACACAGUUUGCAAUCAAAAAAGUGACGAUGUCUAUGAGGAAGAAUUGUCUGGCGAUUAUGAUCAGCCCAAGUACAAUUUAAGCAUGUUUGCAAGAAAUGCUACACACAGGUACGGUAAGGAUAUUUCCACAGAAAAUCUGAGAUCAACCUUGCAGUCCAACAUAGUCAGGAGACCUUUUAAACAAUAUUUAAAUGAAUUAUUCAAACAAACUGAAGAUGAGGCGGAUAAUGAGGUAGAUGAUGAAGAGGAUGGAGCAAACGAUGGCAAUACUAGUAAUACAGAUAGUAACAUUGCUCAGGUUGUUGAAUGUGAUGGAGAUGCCAAAACUUUAGAAAUGCAAAGUAAUAUCAAAAGUGACGAAAGCCAUGGCUGCAAAUUCAAUGAUGGAAAGAAAAAUAGUGCAGACUUUCCAAACAAAUCAGAUGAAGUAUCAUGUGAUGAUAAAACGGUGACCAGCAUGCAACAUCAAAUCAACUCGCUAACUAAGUCUCCGAAUUUGGCUGCACUCACAAAAACAUGUAAUGUAGUAGGUCCACCUGAUAAGUUUCCGCUGCAAACAAAAUUAUGCCAUGGCGAUAGUGAAGUCAUCAUAAGUAGCAGCAAAUCAACGCAGCUUGUAUCAGACUUGGCUGAGGAACUUUGUGGUUAUCAGGAACCGCACACCAUUUCUCACAACAAAAAGAUAAAGUCUUCAUCUGUGAAAAUGAUGUACGACAAAUUGAGAGAGUCUCGAUUUAAACCAGCUACUGAAAGAAAGUCAAUGAGUUCCUGUAACAUUAUAGGGUUGAACAGCUAUAGUCACACCAGCUCUUUGCACCAGUUCAAGCAAACAGUAUCAAACUCUGGUAGAACAGAUUCAGCAAAGAGAAUUAGUAAGUUUUUCAGGAAUAUCUCUCGACUUGACAAAACCAAGAGUAAAUAUUCUGGAUCUGAAGUAGCUAGGGACUCUGAGCACUUUCCUGUGAUGUUGAGGGCAACAUUUUCCCAUGGCUUGAGGAGUAGAUUCCCUGCUGCCAAAUCACACACAAAAGAAUCCUAUCUCGGACAGCCUGAGAAGCCAUGCAAUGCAAGUCUGUUACAGAAUGAGGCUGUAGCUACAAUAGAAGUUUAUAGUGCAGGUAAAUCAGGGAAAGAGACUACAGAUACAGGAUCGUUAAACUCCGCAGAGAGCACAAUACCAACAAUAGAGACAUUGAAGAAAAAGGAAGUUGCACCCCAGCCUGAUCUGAGAAAAUUGAGGCAGAAAUUAACGCAGAAACGAAUGUACAGUGAUGAUGCAGUUGCAUAUGCUAAGGUUGCGAGAUUUCCACAACCUGCAGUUAAAAAGUUUGCAACCACAGAGAGUUUCAUUCAGACAUUUAACAAUGGUGCUUCUGGAAUAGAAAAAAAUGAAAGUAGUCCCCAAAGACGUACUGAUAGUGUUACUUCAACUCAAGAUGUUACUGCACACACCAAGCAUACAUUGAUGGAUACAAAACCUACAGAUAUCAGUGAAAAAGGCAAGUUGUUUCUACAGAAUGGAAAAAAUAAUUUCACAAUCCAAUCCAGUGUUGAAUUUGAGGAGUCAAUCCAGGAUAUAUCCACGGUGACACUGCUGACAGAAAAAGAGAAUCCUACACAACCUCAUCAUUUUUCGGAUGACAUAGAUAAUCAGAUGAAUGACGCCAUGGUUACUAUUGAUGUAAUACCAAAGAUGGAAACCGCAGAAUUGUUGCCAGUGUUUGAGGGAGACCCUAUCAACUCUGUCCCCACCGAUAGUUGUAAUGGUGUGAACCAAAACAAAAAGGAUUUUACAAAUGUUGAUGACGAACGUUCCUCAGUAGCCGAUGACUUGGAUGCAGGUGAUAGUCGACAUACCAUGCCCCACGAUGUUUCGAUGCCUGACAUUGCUGUGCACAAAGUCUCUGCUACUGCAAUAGAUAAUGAAAACUGCAACAACAAUGUUACUUUCAGUGAUAUAGAAGAAUUGGGUCAUAAUUGGAUCAGCAAAUUUGACGUUUCUCUUGGCAAAAGGAUUUAUGUUGAUCUAAUGACUGGACUGACAAGACUUGUACCACCAAGUAAAGAAGAAACACAACCACCAGAGACAAGGAAGCAGUCAGAGACGGGGACAAGCAGUACGAUAUGUACCUCUAUGAAAUUGCCAGAUCAGCAGCAUCGAGUCCAUCCUUUUCUAUCCCAUAAUGCAACACCAUUUUUGCCACUUGUGAAAGACCACUCUAACAUUAGUCAGAGUAAUGAUGCCGGUGAUGGUAGUGGUGGUGGUGGUGGUGGUGGUGUUGCUGUGUUAGACAAGUCAACCAUUGGUACCAUAUGGGAUGAACACUUGGUAAAACAGAGUGAAGAUGUGGCUUCAAAAUGGAGAGAUGACAAAACAAACAAAAUUAGUGAAAGCAAAGAUGUAGCGGAAUUGUUUGCAGAGUGGGAGAACCCAAUGUUUGCAGUACCAGAAAGCUGUAUUUCUGAUGCCAGCAACCAGCCAGUCAGUAGACAGUCAGUGAGAAUACGAGGAGCUAUCAACCAGUACAAAUUCACCAAGGCCAUGCUGGACAACAUCAAGAUGUGUGGUCAGGUGGACGAUAAGUUCAUUGCAUGUUUAGUGAAGACCACUGAUAAAACAGAUGAACCAAAUUUACUGGUGUUGAUAGAUCAGCACGCUGCCCAUGAACGUGUUCGACUGGAACAACUGACUGCAGAUGUUUAUGAUGACAGUAAAGAUGAUGAGGAUCCAAUCAGCCGAAAGAUCAGAUCAUCACGGGUAAUACCAGCAGUUACAAUAAUAUUAACACCGGGGGAGAUUCGGAUAAUGGAGGCGUUCAAGUCAAACAUUGAGAAAUUAGGAGUCACAUUUAACAUCACUGGUAGCGACAUCAUUGAAAUACACACCUUACCCGCAUGUCUGAUGGAGAGGGAGGUGAAUGAAGUAAAGCGAGGACGACAACCAGUGGCUUUAUCAAUUGUUGAGACAUUAUUGAAAGAGCACAUUGAUUUGCUACAGAAGACCUCGGGUGCAUGUGCUGUGUUGCCAAGGACACUCACAAAAGUGUUGAACUCACAAGCCUGCCAUGGGGCAAUCAAAUUUGGUGAUGCUUUGGACCACCAUGAGUGCACAUCACUGAUCAGGUCCUUGUCACAUUGUGAUUUACCAUUCCAGUGUGCCCAUGGUAGGCCCUCAUUAAUGCCCAUCAUUGACCUGGAUAUACUCCGCAAACAGUUGGAUACUGAGAAAUGUUCCAAACCCAAACUGUGGAAACUUAAGCAUUUGAUGGAUAAAGAAAGCGAGAUGGAACAAUGA